AUGGCUCCUGAAGCACUCCUAGUAGAUGAUCCCAGGGUCGAGCAUCACUUCAUAGAUGUCGGUCACGGUAUCAGGUACCACUACCAGCUUGCAAACCCUCGAGGGCAUCCGGCUGCCACUGUAUUACUCUUGCACGGAUGGCCUGACCUCGCUCAUGGAUGGCGCUUCCAGGUGCCCUAUCUCCUAACUCUCGGGUGCCGAGUCGUUAUACCAGACAUGCUGGGGUACGGCCAAACCAGCGCCCCGGACUCUCUCGCGCAGUACUCGAUGAAGAACAUGUCAGACCAGAUGAUGCAGUUGAUCCGAGCCGUGGGCGGUUCAAGCUCGUCGCCCGUCGUCGUCGGCGCACAUGACUGGGGCGCAUUCCUGGCCUGGCGCCUGGCUAUGUAUCAUCCGGAGCUGGUGCGCGCUGUUUUCUGCUUCUGUGUGCCAUUCACACCGCCGCAGCCUGUCGUGCUCCCACUUGAGGACUUCGUGAAGAAGAAUCCCGCCUUCACCUACCAGUUGCAGAACGCUGGGCCCGAGGCCGAGGCCCUGGCCAGUCAGUCGCCGGCUCAUCUGCAGGGUUUCCUCAACGCCAUGUUCGGCGGGGUUACGACGGAUGGCCUGCCCGGCUUCGAUCCAUAUGUUGGCUUGAUCCCGGAAAAUCUACUCAAGGUGCAGCGCUCGCCGCUGGUGACACCGGAGGUGUUGAAGCACUAUGUGUCCGAAUACUCUCGCAACGGCUUGCGUGGUCCGAUGAAUUGGUACCGUACUCGGUCCAUUAACGGAGAAGAUGAGCUGCCUCUGGCCAAAGACGCCUCUGAAUUCCUGUUCCAAGUACCUGCCAUGUUGAUCAUGGCCGGCCAGGAUGCGGCGCUCACGCCAGACCUAGCUGAUGGUCAGGAACAAUUCUUCGCUAAGGGGCUGAAGAAGGGAGUCAUUCCAGAGGCAUCACACUGGAUCCUGAUACACUGUCCUGAAGAGUGUAACAGGCAUAUUGGGGAGUUUCUGAGCGAACUUCUGGGGCGAGACUAG